AGUUGAUUUUGAAGAGGUUCAGGAGAUUGCUACUUUUCUCAAGGACAAGACAUCGGUGAAGCCAGUCAUCGGCAUUAUCUGUGGUUCAGGACUCGGCGGACUUGCUGAUCUCAUCGAAAAUCCCGAUGUCAUUGACUACAAAGACAUUCCCCAUUUUCCCGUCAGCACAGUUUCCGGUCACAAAGGUGCUCUCGUUUUUGGCACUCUUAAUGGCGUGCCGGUGAUGUGCAUGAAAGGACGUAUUCACCCUUACGAGGGCUACUCGCUGACUCGAUGCACACUGCCCAUCCGAGUGAUGAAGGCACUUGGAGUGCAAACACUGGUGGUCACCAAUGCUGCAGGCGGCUUGAAUCCAAACUUCGAGGUGGCCGAUAUAAUGCUCAUUCGUGAUCACAUCUUUUUUCCCGGAUUCAGUGGUAACAAUCCAUUGCGAGGCCCGAAUGACAAUCGUUUUGGUGCACGAUUUCCUCCCAUGAACAAGUGCUAUGAUCGAGAGCUUUCUGAGCUGGCCAAUGAAUGCGCCCAAAAGCUGGGCAUUACUCGAUUCAUGCGCAAGGGCGUCUAUGUGAUGCUCGGUGGACCCAACUACGAAACUGUU